AUGUUAUUUAAACAAAUUUUCAAACGUCUAUCUUCUAUAAAAUCAUCUAUUCGAACAUUUUCCUAUACAACUCGUUUAUAUAGUAAAGAAUUCAAUGAUCGUCAUAUACAAAGUCUUAUCGAUGACCAAGAAUUUACUUCCAUGUCAGCUGCAUUACUUCAUAUACGUUCAGCUGGUCACCGUAUUUAUAUUAUUCAACCAUCAAUGAAAUUUAAAGCACGUGGUCGUCAAUCAACAACAGCUCAAUUACAAUUAUCUGAAUCUAUAUCACUUAUUCAAACAUUAGAUAAAUGGCGUGUUGUUGGUCAAGGAAUAUAUACAUUAAAAUCUAGUGGUUUAAGUCGAUAUGUAUAUGGUACAGGUAAUAUUGAAAAAAUACAAAAGGAAAUUCGUCAAUGUCAAGCAACAGCUGUAUUUAUUUCAAUUGAUCGUCUUUCACUUGGACAAAUUGAUGGAUUAACAGAAAAAUUUCGUGUACCUGUUUAUGAUCGAUAUUCAAUUGUUCUUCAAAUUUUUAAAAAUCAUGCACAAAGUGGUGCAGCUAAAUUACAAGUUGCUCUAGCUGAAAUUCCUCUAUUGAGAUAUCGUAAAAAUGAUUCGGAAUUAUUUAAAGAUCGUGAACGUCAUCUUCGUGCUGAAGUAGCUAAAUUAGAACAACAUCGAAAAUUAUUAAAAAAACGUCGUUUAAAUAUUGAUAUACCUACUGUUGCUGUUGUUGGAUAUACCAAUGCUGGCAAAACAUCAUUGAUCAAAGCAUUAACUAAAGAUGCAACAAUGCAACCAAAAAAUCAAUUAUUUGCUACAUUAGAUGUAACUACACAUGCUGGUGUUUUACCAAAUGCAUUAAAUGUACUUUAUAUUGAUACUGUUGGAUUUAUUGCUGAUAUACCAACAACAUUAAUUGAAGCUUUUCGUGCAACAUUAAAUGAUGCGAUUGAUGCUCAUUUAUUAAUUCAUGUUUGUGAUAUUAGUCAUCCGGAUUAUUUUGUACAAUAUAAAACAGUAUUACAAACUUUACAGGAACUUAAUGUUCCUCAAUCAAAAAUUGAAUCGAUGAUUACGGUUUUUAAUAAAUAUGAUCUAUUAGGUCAACAAUCACCAGAAGAAAAUCAAGAUAAACCAAAUGAAGAGAGUAAAAGUGACAUUAAAGAGAGAAAUAUAUUCUCACAAAUACAUGAUAAACUAUGUAUUUCAUGUCAAACUGGUCAAGGUCUGGAUGAACUUGUUGAUUUAGUACAAAAAAGAAUUUUAAUUGUAAGUGAUCGUAUUACAUGUGAAUAUCGUGUUUUACAAGGAGGACAACUUUAUCAAACACUUGUUAGUGGUGAUUUAUGUACUAUUAAAACUAUGAUUGUUGAUGAACAUGAUCCACAAUAUAUUCAUUUAGAAUGUUUUUUUUCAAAAACUGCUUAUGCAAAAUUUCAAGCUCAUUAUCCUGGUGCAUUGAAAUAUCAAAUAGUGUGA